AUGACGGGCAAGGCUGUGGCUGCUGUCCUGACUCUUCUCCUCAUCUCAGCGCUUGGAACAAAAGGUAAAGCCCUGCCACGCUCAGCAAUUGAACUCCGGUGCCAGUGCGUCGGCACCCAUUCCAAGUUCAUCCAUCCCAAGUUCAUUCAAAACGUCAACCUCAUCCCCAGUGGACCUCACUGCGAGAACGUUGAAGUCAUAGCUACCCUGACCGACGGCAGAGAGGUGUGCCUGGAGCCCACUGCUCCCUGGGUGAAGCUGAUCAUCAAGGCCAUCCUGGACAAGGCAAACGCCAAGCCUGAGGCAGUGUCCUAA